GCGCCUUUAUUUUCAAUAUGGCUUCCAGGAACCUGUCAGCAGAUUCGCUUCUGAUGUGAAAUAGACAGAUAAAAAUAACCCAAACAGCGAUAUCAGAUCCUUUUCAGUCACGAGAAUUGUUCACCUACUAUUCUUGCCUUUGUGCUGAAGAGACAUUGCUUCCAAGUUCAUUCAUUCAAAUUUGUUCAUUUUUCUCUACAUCGUACUUCUUACUUAAGUUAACUUAUAUAACUUACGUUCUUUGACCAGUAAUCAACAUGGGCCGAGCGAGCAAUAAAGAAGUGAAACUCGUCAGUAAGCAGUUCUGGGAUUAUCUAUGUAGCAAUGGGCUCAAGCCUCCCACCAAGGCCGAGCUACGAAAGACUUAUUACGAUACCUUCAAAAAGAGUCAGCCGCCAACCAGCAAAACAGCGCCAUUCUCUUCUGUGCUUUAUCACCUGAAGAGAAUGAAGAGGUUGACAAAAGGAAAGGAUGGGCUUUCUAUCCUUUACUAUGAGCGAAGGGGUCGCAGGCUAGUCAUAGCAGUGGACCAGUCUUUUGUACAACGUAGACAAAACAGGCAACAGUUACAAGAUGGACAGCAAGUGAAUGAAGAGGACGAAGACGCAAAAGAUGAAUCCGCUGAUGCACUGAAGAAGAAUUUCUUAAAACAUAGGGAAAUGUUUGUUCAAGAUAAGAGUGGCAUCAGGAUUUUCUCUGAUUUAGAUGACGCCCAUGGAAUUAUUGACUUUGGAAAACGCUUACUGACUGAAGAUACAAACAUUAUAGAGAUCACCAUUAAUAAUACCAGUACCACGCAGGUCAAGAUAAAGAGGUUCUCUACUUUAGAGGAGGUUCCAGAAUUCAGCUUCUCUGAUAAACAUGGCCUUACUAAUGCCAGAAAAAACUACAAGAUUAUCACCAUCCCUGUCAACAAACAAUACCAGAUAUCAGCUGUGUUUAAGCCAACCAGCUUAGGGGUAUUUAAGUUACCAAUAGUGUUUGAGUUUGAGGAAGGGGUGGACCAGGAAGCAAAAAGUUUCCACAUUGCCAGAUUCCUUGUUGGCCAGGGUACAAAUGACGAUGUAACCAGUAUUCAGCCGACGUCCAAGUACCAACCUCCUCCUCCUGUGACUAGGGUUUAUGAUCCCAAAGUCGACAUCAUCAGAGGUGUCCCACCCCCAAGUGGUGAUUCCCACCUGAAGUAUGUUGUUGGGCUAUCCCAGUACCCCAUUCCGUAUGAUCUAAGAGUAAGUCUAAAUAAAGGUGAGCCCACAAAUGCCCUGUUGGAUCUGCUGAGUGCUGAACUGACAGCUACUAACCAUGAGGCUAAGUUUAAUGCACUGCUGCACAUGGAAGAGAUGCAAAUGGAAGUUGACAUUCGACAAUAUGAUGUCGAGAGCACAGUUAUGGCACAUCAUGGGGGAUUUCUCAAAUUGAAGGUUCCGGGCCUUGCAGAGAAUCGGCCAUCAGUGAUCCGUGGUGACCACCUGUAUGUCCGCUUGAUUAGUGAGCCAGAGAGAGGAAGUAAGGAAUACCAAGGCUAUGUGCACCAAGUGGGACUGGAUGAUGUCUCCCUCAAGUUCUGUCCCAGUUUUCAUAAGAGCUACAUAAAUGGGAUGAAAGUACAGGUUCGCUUUACUUUCACCCGGACCCCACUGAAGCUGAUGCACCGUGCCCUUGAGCUGCCGUGUGAUGUGAUCAAGAUGAGACAAUUGUCAGACAAUCAACAAGGUGCUGCAAUCCACCAUUUGCCCCCUCUUUGCGAUGAUGACAAAGUGAAAAGAUUGUUUGAUGUGAAGCUUGAAGAUAACCAAGAGCAACGCCAGGCUGUUGUCAGCAUUGUAAAAGGGACAUCACGGCCACACCCUUAUCUCAUAUUUGGACCCCCUGGCACUGGCAAGACCAUCACCGUCGUAGAGUCCAUCAAACAGGUGCUUCACGUGUUCCCCAACAGCAAAGUUCUCGCUUGCGCACCAUCCAACAGUGCCGCAGACCUGAUACUUGAGCGUGUCAUGAAGCAUAAUGUCAUCCCCAAGAUGAAAAUGCUCAGGCUGAAUGCAUUUGGCAGAAGCUAUGCUUCGUUAUCCGACUCGAUCAAGGUGGUGUCCUGUAUACACGACGGGGAUUUCUUCUUUCCAGGGAAGGAGGAAAUUAUGAAUAAACGAUUAGUGGUCUGCACGCUAGUCACGGCAGGGAGACUUGUAUCCGCGGACAUUCCAGACACCCACUUCACACACGUGUUUAUCGACGAAUCAGGACAGGCGCUCGAACCUGAAUGCAUGGUCCCCCUUGCUGGCCUGUUAAACCCUGAGAAUCCAGGGGGAGGCCAGCUUGUACUUGCAGGAGACCCCCAGCAGCUCGGUCCUGUGCUAAGGUCCCCGCUAGCCAUCAAGUAUGGUCUGCGCAUGUCUUUACUAGAGCGACUGAUGACCAGGGUGGCAGCCUAUGGGCGCAUUACCGAGGAUGAGGAGGACGAGCUCGGUGAAUAUGAGCCCGCGAUGCUGACCAAGCUUCUCAAGAACUACCGUUCCCACCCUGCCAUACUAGAGCUCCCCAACGGGAUGUUCUAUGAUGACGAGCUCGAGACCUGUGCAGACAAGCUAAAGCGUGAAUCGCUCUGCAACUGGAGCAAGUUGCCAACCAAAGGCUUCCCGAUCCUGUUUGAUGGGGUCCUUGGCAAAGACUUGAGGGAGGGAAAGAGUCCCUCGUUCUUCAAUCCCGAGGAAGCAGCUACUGUAGUUAAGCACAUCAAGGACCUGCGGGAUUCCCGCGGAGUUCGGGUGCUGAUGGCUGAGAUUGGAGUUAUUUCACCCUAUAGACAGCAGGUCUCAAAGAUUCGCCAGCUGCUGCACAAGAACAACAUCACAGGCAUCAAAGUCGGCUCGGUGGAAGAAUUCCAGGGUGACGAGAGGCGGGUCAUCAUUAUCUCCACUGUCCGCAGCAGUCAGGAGUUCCUCAAAAUGGACGCCCAGUUCAAACUUGGAUUUCUCAACAAUCGUAAGAGAUUCAAUGUUGCGAUUACCCGCGCUCAAGCACUACUAAUAGUAGUUGGCAACCCUCACGUGCUCUGUAAGGACAGCCACUGGGGAAGGUUUAUCCACUAUUGCGUCAAGAACAAGGGAUACCGAGGCUGUGACUUCAAGCCCGCUGACUCCGACGAGGGUGAGGAUCUCGUGCGCCGAUUCAAACGUGUUCACUUAAACUCGCCAGACGCCUUCAAAGCCCUGGACCAAAGUGAAGAGGCCACCAUGGCCAAUCUGGAAGAGCAGGCCUGGCACCGAAAAGAGGAGCAUUAAUAGCUAUGACUGGCCAGCAGAUCUGGCAUCAACCACGCAUGCGCAUGUUACAAGUCCUGAGAAAGACACUGUAAUUAUAGUAGGUUUGUUUAAUGCUCAAGAGCUUUGGAGACCCAGCGGUCCCUUUUCCGAGAUAAAGUAGAGUUUGGUCUGCUUGGUUAACGAGUACCCUUUCCUACAUAAAGUAUUGCUGGGUUAACGAGUAUGUAUUCAAUACACACUUGUACCAAACUGAUAUUAUUAUAGAUGUCAUUAGAAUUAUUUUUAUCGCUCUGUGCGCAUGUACGUCUAGAGUUUUUCUCGUACACUACACUCUUUAACUGUAGUUGUUAUUUUAAUAGUUUUAUGUUGCUGUCAUUAUUCUUUAAGAUAUCACUAUACUAAUCAAACUCACAAACAUUUUAAUCAAUCUAUUGUUGGAUCUCGCACGCGCGUAACUUCAAUGUAGCCCUCUAACCCCCGGUUGGAUUUGUUUUACAUACAUAUAUGCAUAGUUUUUAUUAGGUCUUUAUACAGAGAAUGGACAUGGGAUAAAAUCCAACUAAAAUUAAAAUUGUUUCACGUGCGACGAAGGACUACAAAGUUAUUUUGUUUCGUAACGCAAAAAAAGAAAGAAAGAAAAAAACUCGAACCGUUCCCACGGACGAGAGAAAGUGCACGAUCU